CACUUCAUUUAUCUUCUUGUUGGUGGUGGACUGUUUCACAUUGUUUAAUAGGAUGUGCAUUGCGAAUUAAGCAGCAAAUAAAGCUAAUUGUUAAUGUGUAAUGCAAAAGUGCAAGUGUUCGCGCGCCAGCCAACAUCAAUUCUAAACAUACGCCGCGUGUAACGCUCUAAAGCUUAAGGCGUACGCCUACAAAAACUAAAGAGCGCUGCUGCUGCAUAAAAAAAAGAAGGAAAAGAAUCGCGAGAUAUAUUAUUGUUGUUGUUGUUGCGCUCUGCUUUGUCGUGCGUGAGUGCGUGCGUUCGCUCGUGCGUCUCUGUUGUAUUUCGUGUCUGUUUUUGUUUUUUGUUUGUUGUUCGUGAAAUCUUUAUUGUUGUUGUUUUGCGGCCUCUGCAAGUGGAAAGUUCACGCGCACGCAUACAAGUGCAAUAGCAAAAGGCACACACACGCACACUUGUGUGUGUGUGUCCAUGUGUGCAUGUGUGUAAGGUUGUGCAUAUGUGUGUGUCGGCAGCAGCAGCAGCCAUAAAUACAAAACGCUGGGAAAAUCGAAUUUARAACAACAACAACCGAACUAAAGAGAAGCAGCAGAAGGAGGAGGCGAAAGAACACAACAACUGCAACAAUGUCCAGCACAAUCGAAUUUGAGACAAUUGGCAGUCGGCUGCAGUCGUUGGAGGUGGCGCUGCAGGCGCAAAACGAAUCACAUGAACAAAUCGUCUUAUCAAAGCGUGUUCGGCCAACAACAAUAUCGACAACAACAACAAACACAGGAGCAGCAACAGCGACACCAAACAGCGCAGCGGCCAUUAACGCCGCAGCGGCGGCAGCAUCACAAGCUCAAACAGCAGCAGCAGCCGCCGCUAGCGCUGCCUCUGCCUCUGUUGCCAAUAAUGUCGCCGCCGCCUCACCAACCAGACCAGCGACAGCGCUGCCGGUGCCAACGUCGACGUCAGCGUCUCUGUCGUCUGGUAUCUUUGCUGGCGGGGGUUUUGCCCCGCCCACCAGGAGUAUGCGCCCAACGCCCAGUUUGCCCAUACCUGAAUCUGGAGGAUCGACGCGACGUCGCAUGGUGCUGCCGCUGCCCACACAGCUGCAUCCUUCCGAAACGGAAACGGAUAAGAAGCUGAAAAUGAUAAUGGGCCAGACGGGCAAACUGAAUAUCAAUGGCCAUCAAUAUCCGACAGAUAUACACGAUCUGCAGCAUCUGGGCGAUCUGGGCAAUGGAACCAGCGGCAACGUGGUCAAAAUGCUCCAUGUCUCCAGCAACACGAUCAUUGCCGUCAAACAGAUGCGACGCACCGGCAACGCCGAGGAGAACAAGCGCAUUCUGAUGGACUUGGAUGUUGUGCUCAAGUCGCACGACUGCAAAUAUAUCGUCAAGUGCCUGGGCUGUUUUGUGCGCGAUCCGGAUGUCUGGAUCUGCAUGGAACUGAUGUCCAUGUGCUUCGAUAAAUUGCUCAAAUUGACCAAGAAGCCGGUGCCGGAGCCCAUUCUAGGCAAAGUCACGGUGGCUGUAAGUGCGGCUCUUUAGCCU